AUGGAGGAGGUUCUGUACAAGUGGACCAACUAUCUCACAGGUUGGCAGCCUCGCUGGUUUGUGUUAGAUAAUGGGAUCCUGUCCUAUUGUGACUCUCAGGAUGAUGUGUGCAAAGGAAAUAUAAAGAUGACUGUCUGUGAAAUUAAAGUCCAUUCGGCAGACAACACAAGAAUGGAAUUAAUCAUCCCAGGAGCACAGCAUUUCUACAUGAAGGCAGUAAAUGCAGCUGAAAGACAGAGGGGGCUGGUCGCUCUGGGGAGCUCCAAAGCAUGUUUGACUGAUACUAGGACUAAAAAAGAGAAAGAAAUCAGUGAAACCAGUGAGUCUUUGAAAACCAAAAUGUCUGAACUUCACCUCUAUUCUGACCUCUUCCUGCAGCAGGUUCACACAAUCCAAGAAUUUGUUCAUCACGAUGAAAAUCAUUCAACUCCCAGCGUUGAGAACAUGAAUGAAGCCUCUUCCCCACUUACUGCCAUCUGUAACAGAUUCAUCACGACACUCGAGGAAUGCGUGAAGAUAGCAAAUGCCAAGUUUAAACCCGAGAUGUUCCAGCUGCCUCAUCCAGAUCCUUUGGUUUCUCCCGUGUCACCUUCUCCAGUUCAAAUGGUUGGAACUUCUUGUUUUGCUUUGAGUGCUAUCUGGGUUUUCUUUUCGAUAGUAGAAAUGGGUAGUGAGGAGGAAGUGGUCAUUGGGUUGAAUUGUUUUUGUCUUCCUCUAGCUAGGCACCCUGCUCUGGUGUGCUGGGGAACUCAGCUGAGAUGA